AUGUCGCUAAAACGUAAAGCUAAAGGACCUAAGUUGCCUGAUUCUCUUCAAGAACAACUUGUUGAAACUCAACGAAUUCAACUUGGAAUAAACGUUCAGUCGCCUGCGAAACGUCAGAAAACUAAUCAACCGCAAACUUCUACAACAAAGUUUAUCUCUGACACAAAUGUUUCAAACAAAAAAUCAAAAAGCACAAAAAAAAUGAAUUAUUCACAGAAAUUAGAAAAGCUAUCUACAACAAACCCAAAUUUUUAUUCACUACUUGAAGAUUCAAACCUUGUUGUCUCAAACAAAAACACUUUAACCGAAUCUAAAAGUGUCGAUGACAAGGAAAUUAAACGAUUAGAAAAAAAAUUGGGAAUAAAAACUGGAGGAAAAUUAACAAAAGCUUUUGAAGAAGAUGGAUUAGACGAGUUAUUGCAAGGGUUCGAAAUUGGUUCGAAAAAUUCGAAAAAAUCUAAAUCUAUAUCAGAGGAGAAUGAAGAAAUUGAUACUUCACAUUAUAACGACGAUGAUUUUGAUGAAUCGGAGCAUGAAAGUGAUGAUGAAAACUCCGAUAUGAUGGAAGAAGAGAGUGAUGUAGAAAUGGAACCUGAGAGUAAUAUUUACGAAAAACCUGAAGCGAAUGAAGCCAAAGGUAAAUAUAUUCCUCCACAUUUGCAACGUAAAACUUUCAUAUCGGAAAGUGAUGAAGCAAAGAAAGAACAUCAAAUACGGUUGCAACGACAAUUACAAGGCCUAUUAAACAGGUUGAGCGAGUCAAACAUUGAGAGCAUAAUCAUUAAUAUUGAGGAGUUGUAUCAAAGAUUUACCCGACACGAUGUGACUUCUUCUAUUACAUCCCUUGUCUUAAAUUUAAUUACUUCAAGGUCCACAAUAUUAGAUCAAUUUGUAAUUAUAUAUGCUACACUGGUAGCAGCAUUUUACAAGAUAAUUGGUAUCGAUUUUUGUGCUCAUUUUGUUCAAGAGAUGAUAGAAGAGUUCGAGAUAUACCAUAAACAAUACAGUAGCACAUCUGAUGAUGUAAAAAAUCUUGAAGGAGAAGGUGGAAAAGAGUGCACAAAUUUAAUCGUUCUAAUCUCGGAACUUUAUAAUUUUCAAGUCAUAUCAUGUGUUUUGGUAUAUGAUUUAAUUAGAAUAUUUAUUACUGAUUUGAAUGAACUUAACGUCGAAUUACUAUUAAAAAUAGUCAGAAGUUCUGGAUACCAGCUUAGACAAGAUGAUCCAACUGCCUUGAAAGAAAUAAUUCAACAGGUUCAAGCUGAAACCAGCAAAAAAAAUCCAAGAACGCUAGGAUCACGAUUGAAGUUUAUGAUUGAAACCAUUAUCAAUCUUAAAAAUAAUCGCUUCAAACAACAGGAUUUCAUAGCGAAUACAGAAAAUGUUCUUAGAAUGAAAAAAUUUCUUAACAAUCUGGGAAAGAGGAUUCAUGUUCAAGCGACAGAAACCUUGAGGGUUAGUCUUGAUGAUAUUAAAUCAAUUGAAACAAAAGGUAAAUGGUGGCUUGUUGGUUCAUCAUGGACUGCUAAUAUGGUUGAUGAUCCAUCAACUUCAACAAUUCCGCAACGCGUCGAGAAAAAUAAGUCAGCAACUGAAGCUUUAUUAAAGUUGGCUAAAGAACAAAAAAUGAAUACAGAUAUUAGAAGAAGUAUUUUUGUGGUCAUAAUGAGUAGUGAGGAUUAUGUUGACGCGUUUGAAAGGCUAUUGAAAUUAAGUCUUAAAGAAGUUCAAGAGCGUGAAAUUCCUCGUGUGCUAUUACUUUGUUGCGGAAAUGAAAAAACGUAUAAUCCGUAUUACGCAUUAAUAUCACAAAAACUUUGUGAACACGAUCAUAGUUAUAAAAUUACUUUUCAAUAUUGCUUAUGGGAUUUCUUAAGAGAAUGUGGAGAAAGUGAUAUCGGUGGUAUGGAGCUUGUUAAAAACACACCAUCAACAACUAUGGAAGACAUCCCACUAAGAAGAAUUGUGAACCUGAGUAAACUUUAUGCAUUAUUAUUAACUGGAGGUCAAUUAUCUAUAAUAAUUCUAAAGCUUUAUAAUAAUACGAAGAAUUAG